AUGACUACGAGAUACCGCGUCGAGUACGCCCUCAAGACUCACCGUCGUGACCAGUUUAUUGAAUGGGUCAAGGCUCUCCUCGCCGUUCCCUUUGUGCUCUACUCCCAACCUGCUGGUGUCGUGAGCGAUGACGAGUCGCUCGAGCAAGCUGCCGCAGAGGCACACCGUCGCUACGCCGAAAUCAUGCGCGAUGUCGAAAACAUGAUUGACGACCACAUGGCUCGGCAAAGCUUACCCUCACCAUUGCCCUCCAAGCUAGGCAUGCUGGUCCCAACAGCAGGGCCGUUCUUCACACGCCUCCCGCUCGAAGCCGCCUUCAAAUACCAAGACAGGAAGCGCCACAUCUCGUCCCGCCGCUACGUCGCCCCAUCCUUCAACGAUGUCCGCCUGGUCCUCAAUUCCGCUCAAAUCAUGGCUGUCAACAACGGCUCGCUCCAGCUGGCCACGUUUGAUGGUGAUGUCACCCUCUACGAAGACGGGCAGAAUCUCGAACCCUCCAGCCCCAUCAUCCCCCGCAUGCUCGCCCUCAUGAAGAACAAUGUCAAGAUUGGCAUCGUCACCGCCGCCGGCUACACCACUGCCGACGGCUACUACGCUCGUCUGCACGGCCUUCUCGAAGCCAUUGCAGCUUCACCCGACCUCGACCCAAUCCAGAAGCAAAACAUUGUCAUUAUGGGCGGCGAGGCCAACUAUCUCUUUGAAUACUCGCCCUCAUCUCCCCACCGCCUGGCUCCGGUCCCCCGCGCCGACUGGCUGACGCCCGAAAUGGCAUCGUGGUCUGAGGCCGACAUCAAGGCCCUUCUCGACGUCGCCGAGUCUGCCUUGCGCGACUGCAUCCGCACCAUGAACCUGCCCGCACGACUUAUCCGCAAGGACCGCGCCGUCGGCAUCAUCCCCGACCCUCCUGACAUGCGCAUCGCCCGCGAGUCGCUCGAGGAGACGGUCCUCAAUGUCCAGCGCAUUCUCGAGCUCACCAGCCUCGGCAGCGCAACACAGGCGUCCAACACCGUAUCUGCAACGCCCUCCACUCCUCGCAAAGGCGUGCCCUUCUGCGCCUUCAACGGUGGCCGAGAUGUCUUUGUCGACAUUGGUGACAAGAGCUGGGGUGUCGCUGUGUGCCAGGAGUGGUUUGGUCGCCGUGCGGCUGCUGCCACGGCCGAUAGUGCGUCUGUUAGCGCUCCAUCGCCUAUCAAGGGCGAGCACACACUCCACGUGGGUGAUCAGUUUCUCAGUGCAGGCUCCAACGACUUCAAGGCCAGAAGUGUCGGUACGACGGCGUGGAUUGCAAGCCCUGCCGAGACGGUGGACUUGCUCGACGAGAUUGCUGACUUCACAAAGAAGAAGCUUGCCUAA